AUUACCUAAAAUCAUUCUCUCAAACCCUCUCCUCGCUCUAAAACCCUCAACCCCAAUUUUCUAAUUAUCUCACACCUCAAUUAAUAUGGCUCCAAAGUUUGCUCUUUUAUUGAUUUUCUUGGCGGCGCUUUCCGCCGUCGUGUUGCCGGCGAAUGGGCGGAAACUCCUGACGAACGGCGUCGCCGCCGCGCCGGAAAAUACGGCGCCGGCGUUCGACGCGAAGCUGUACUUGACGGCGCUCCCGAAGGGCCGGGUCCCGGCGUCGACCCCGAGCAAGAAAACCCACGGCGUCCCCGUCGACGAGAAGCUCGCCGCCCGCCACCUCGCCGCCGUCGACCGGAUUCUGCGGUCCGUCCCGAGUCCCGGCGUCGGACACUAGAGAUAACAUUUGACCGUUGAAGUUUUUGGAUUCUUUUGCCCGUGGAUCGGCCUGUGUUAAUGAUCGGCGAGGUCCGGGACCUUUGAUUGAUUCAUUAGUUAGGAACUGUAUGUACUUAUACAGGGAAAUUGUGUAUAGCUAUACUUCCAUAGGAUAGAGGAAAAUUAAAAAUUUCCCAUUUUUUUUUUGUUUUGGAGAUUGAUCGUUAUAUGUAUUUUAUUAUUAAAUUAAAUAUUCUUUUGAUUAUUGAGAUCUAGCUGUUUUUAUUUAUCCGAAAGCUGCCGGAAAGAUCAGCUCAUACAUUACAUACAG